AUGCUGCUCUCAAUGUUUCCCAAGAAAGGUGAAAUCAGUCUGGAUGAGGAUGCUGUACCCAGUGUCCAGCGCUACCUGAGAAAUGCUGAGGGAGCUCUGCCCCCACAGCUUGAAUAUUGCAUCGCUCUUGAUGUAGGCGAGGCGAAGGUAAAGGUGGAAUUACAAGUACUCCUUCCUCAUAUGUAUCCUCAGGUAGCUCCUCAGCUUUUUGCCAAAUCUGACUCACUGCACAGACAGCAACAGUCACAGCUCAACACUCGUCUUGCUUCUCACAUCAGCUCUUUGGAUUCAGGUGAUCUGUGUGUAUGUGAAGCUGUGCAGUGGGUGAAAGACAAUGGUCUGCCUUACUUGGACAACAGUAGGAUCUCUUCUGAGUGUGCUUCAAAGGAGGUUAUAGUUAAAGAAACGUUGCAUCGGAUGUGGAUCUACAGCCAUCACAUAUAUCGGCAAGAAUUGAGAAAAAAGAUUUUUGACUGUGCAAAGAAAUUAAACCUGACUGGCUUCUGCCUAGCAGGGAAACCUGGCAUCAUCUGUGUGGAGGGACACCAGGAAAACUGUGAGGAGUUCUGGCGUGACAUCAGAUAUCCCAACUGGAGGCAUAUUUCGUGCAAGCACGUGGAGGAUAUAGAAACAGAAGGAAGCAUUGAUAAUCUUCGCCUCUUUCCUGCUUUUGAAGACCUGCAGUUUCAGGCACAUGGUGAUUAUGGCCCGAAGAAUAACUAUCACAUGGAUCUUGGCCAGUUCCUAGAAUUCCUGAAACAGCAUCGAAGUGGUCACAUUUUUCAGAUUUUAUUUGGUGUUGAAGGCAAACUUUCAGACAAAUAA